UAACUUUAACACAGCCUGUUCAUACCGGUGCCAUUAUCGCUCAGAAUAAACCGCAGGCUUCAGUAUUGGUAAUGGCUAAUAAACACCUUAAUUGCCAAUAAGCCCGCAACAGCUGCGUCUCCCCAAACAAUGCGCUCUUAUCCUACGUGGCCCAGCCUGAACACCCAAGGGUACGCAUUAGUCCAGAACAGAAGCAAGGUGCCCCACUGUGGAUUCCCAACUCAUUAUGCAACGCCAGUAUAAAACACACACAGCAUAACGCAGAGUCACGCCAGACACCGAGAGGGAGGAGAGCCUGCAGGCAGACAGACGGGCGCUCCAGUUCUUCAUCAUCAUCAUCAUCAUCGCUUCUCACUGGAGGACUUCAGCGGGGAACACAAACAGUUAAACAGGGGCCGUGCUCUCCCGUUUGUACGCUAAUUUGGUCAGGGAAUUUAAGAAGAGAAAUGGAUUUCAUCCUGCCACCCACUCUGCCAGCUGGUGGUAUCCCAUGGGAAAAGGUUUUGCCACCUCUCAUUCCUCGGCUGAAUGGGACUUAUGGACAAUACAAGUGGUCACCGAAGUUACUAAUUCCAGAGACCGAUAAUACCAGCUCUGCAGAGGUGAACUGUGAUGACAGCGGUUUUACAGUUAAAGUUGAUGUAAAGGAUUUCAACCCAGAGGACCUGAUGGUUAAGGUGAUAGGAGACUUUGUGGAAGUGCAGGGAAAGCAUGAAGAGAAAAAGGAUGGUCCAGGGUUUACAACACGGCAGUUUAGCCGCCGCUACCGAAUCCCAAAGGGAGUGCACACCAUGGCUUUGGAGUCAGCAGUCUCCCCAGAAGGCAUCCUUAUCAUAUCUGCACCGAUGCUGCAAACUGAGAGCUCCAGAAUGCUGAUGUGAUCACUUCAAUACCAAACACUCAAAUAUCUGCUGUCUCCACCAUGUAUGAAAACAAAUGCAACAGAAGCCUUUACAAACACACAGGCACAAACAGCAAUAAUUUCAGCCUCCCCCUCCUCCAGUCUCCACACUCGGCAUGUGCCAAAACUCACAUUUGUUCUGUUCCUGGCACCGUUCUAAUAUUCCCUUCUCCUUGACGUUUGUAUAUACUGCCCUGCUAUUACUCAUCAAUCUUACAUAAUGUUUCAAGGAACCAGUCUUUGUAAAUAUUCUGUGUUCACAGUUUAAGCUGCUGCUUCUUUGUGCAACUUUUGUAAAAUGCACUGUAUUGUUCUUGUGAUUAAUGAUGCACACAGACAUAUAAACUACUUGAUGUGGAAAUAUUUCUUUAAAAAAAAAUAAACUUUAUUUCUUUAUAAAAUCAAAAAAGCAACUACA